CGUCAAUGGAAUGACGUAUAGGGAAACGUACGGGAGGAUACCCGCACCGUGUUCACCUGACUGAUGGCUGCCCCGGGGAAACUGGCGUUUUUCCGUCUGCCUCCCUUGCCGACUGUAGGCGAGCUCAUAAAGCUGUACAACCUGCGAGCUGAGAAACAUCUGUCCCAGAACUUUCUGUUGGAUUUGAGACUAACAGACAAAAUCGUGCGUCAGGCGGGCAGUUUGAGGGAUGCCCACGUGUGUGAGGUGGGUCCUGGUCCCGGCGGUCUCACCCGCUCCAUACUCAAUGCCGGGGUGUCAGAUGUGCUUGUGGUGGAGAAGGAUACACGCUUCAUCCCAGGGCUGAAGCUGUUGUCUGAGGCGGCACCAGGGAAGUUGAGGAUUGUCCACGGUGACAUACUCAACUACAGAAUGGACCGAGGAUUCCCAGAAAAUGUCUCGAAGCCGUGGGAGGAAGACCCACCAAACCUCCACAUCAUUGGGAAUCUCCCAUUCAGCGUCUCAACCCACCUCAUCAUAAAGUGGCUGGAGAACAUAGCCAACAGAACAGGGCCCUUCGUCUACGGACGCACCCGACUCACCCUAACUUUCCAGAAAGAGGUCGCAGAGAGGUUGACAGCCAGCACAGGCAGCAAACAGAGGAGCCGCCUGUCCAUUAUGGCUCAGUAUCUCUGCACGGUCCGCAACUGCUUCUCCAUCCCUGGACGGGCCUUCGUCCCGAAACCAGAGGUGGACGUGGGAGUAGUUCACUUCACCCCUCUGGUCCAGCCCCAGAUCCAGCAGCCCUUCAAGCUUGUGGAGAAAGUCGUCAGGAACGUUUUCCAGUUCCGCAGGAAGCACUGCCAUAGAGGAGUAGAAAAGUUGUUCCCUGAGGCGUGUCGUGUUGAGAUGACACAGGAGAUGAUGCAGAAAGCAGACGUGGACCCCACUCUACGCCCGACGGAGCUCACCAUACCCCAGUUCAGAGCCUUAGCGGAGGCCUAUGCUCAUUUCUGCACACAUGAACCCAGUCUCCUCGGCUAUGAGUUCAGAGAGGAGCUCAGACUGAAGAACCUCGCCAGGCAAAGGAAUAAAACAACAGACACAUUUAUGGCCAAGCCAACCGGCACAUCACAGCAACCCUGCUAAAUAAAAGAAAGUAUAUAAACCAAGAGAGGCCCACUAAUAGCCUCUGUUAGCACAGGGAGUGCUCUUAGCCUUGACAUUUCCACCUGGCAUAUGCAUGCAUUUUUAAAACGUUUUUUCCCUGCACCCAGGGAGCAGUAGGUAACUUGUUAUACUUAAAAUCCUGGGACAGACACAAGGCACAUAAAGAUCCUGGGUGGGUUGGAUUAGCUCCAAAAGCUUGCUCCAGGAUGGGACAACUCAAAGCAGAGUCAUGUGUAUUUGGGAGAAUUAAAAAAAAAAAAAGCAUUCUAGUUACCCACAGUAGGUCUUUAAGAGUGAGUAUCUCUUUAAGUCCCAAUUUUUAUUUCAGAUCCAGCGCGCAUAACAUCUUGUCCUGUGGGACCCAAAAGAACCGUCAGCGUUUUCAGGGUGAUUUAGGAAAUGGGAACAACAUGGCAGCACCAUAUUCAGGCCGUUUCCCUUCUCUAAGCACUGAAUUGUUUCGUCACUUGAGAGACGGAGCUUAAAGGGAGGAGGAAAGUGCUGGAAAUGUUUCACCUCCAGAAAGACUCUUGUUGUAUUAAAGAAAUCUACUGUUAAUGCCUAUAUUUAUUUAUUUAUUAUAUCUAUAUAUUUAUAUAUAGAUACAUCUAUAUAUAAUAAAUAAUACAAUCUGCAAUAAAAUCUAACCAAUUUCCUUUUUAAGGAAUGAUGUCAUGCCUCAUGCAGCAUUUAUGACAUGUACGUAUGUUUACCACGGUGUUUUUUAUGUCAAUAAAAGCGUCGUUACAAUUUGAAAUGUUCGUUUUU